AUGUGGCCGGGCCUCGAGGCGUUGCCAUGGCGCUGGGCGGGCGGCGCGGCCCUGGGGCUCGGGCUGGCGCUGGAGGCGCUGGCGCUGCUGGUGCGCGGGUGGUGGCGGCGGCGGCGCCGGGCCCCGCGGCGCGAGGUGCUCUUCUUCCCGUCGCCGGUCACCUGCACCGCGGCGCUGCUGGGCGAGCCGGGCCCCGCGCCCUGCCUCUGCCCGCUGCCGCACGGCGACAGCCCGCUCGCCCGCCUGCUGCGCCGCCUGCUCUCGGCGCGCCGCUCCCUGGAGCUCUGCCUCUUCGCCUUCUCCAGCCCGCAGCUGGGCCGCGCCGUGCAGCUGCUGCACCGCCGGGGCGUGCGCGUGCGCCUCGUCACCGACUCCGACUACAUGGUGCUCACCGGCUCGCAGAUCGGCCGCCUGCGGCAGGCGGGGAUUCAGGUGCGUCACGACCAGGAGAGUGGCUACAUGCAUCACAAAUUUGCUAUUGUAGACAAAAAGAUGCUCAUCACUGGUUCCCUCAACUGGACCACUCAAGCUAUCCAGAACAACCGUGAGAACGUGCUGAUUGUGGAGGAUGCGGAGUAUGUGGAGCCAUUCCUGGCAGAGUUUGAAAGGAUUUGGGAAGAGUACAAUCCAGCUAAUUACACAUUUUUCCCCACCGAAAAGGAACAGAAAUGA